AUGGCUCCUCUCUUCAACCACGGCGCCGACCGCUGGUUGGCUCGAGAACCGAACACUGAGCCCGCGUCCCGCGUCCAUGAGCACCUACAUAGCAUGCGGUCUACAAUUGCGCUCCGCCAGGUCGACUUGGACUUACGGAGUACCUACUUCAGGGCGAUUGACGAGCUGGAAAAGUCGUUUUCGGUCUUUGAUGGUGUGGGCGGCGGGCAUUGCGACAUGACCGACGCUUUCGUGUGGGUCUUUGAGGUUGCCGACGACCUGCCGCCGCUGCUUAGGGAGCCGACGCAGGAAGCCGUGGCCAUAUUUGCCUUCUUCACUGCGAAAGUUGCAAUGACCGAUAUCAAGGUGACUGUCGAUGGCUUCGAUGCUUUGACCAUGUCCCAGACGAGGAGUCUUCUUGGAUCUUUCGAAAUUGGCGCAUCGUUCAGCCACCGGGCAGUCUUUCGGAAUCUGUCUGCCUGGAGUCCAGAAGGAACCGAGAUUUAUUCACAUCCCCUUACAGAUGCGUCAUUUGUACCCAAUUUCUUCAUGGGCACAAAUCCGGCAGCAGCCUCGGUUUACGGGUCUCGACGUGACCGCAUUGCGUACACGGGAGACCUUGAUAUUGCCGGUGGAGCAGCUCUGGUGAGUACUCAUGGCCUCGAGUAUAUCAUGGGAACAUUGGAAUUGUUUGGGUCAUACCAAGCGGCCCCGGGAUUCUUCAUUCCUACAGCUAAGAUUCAGCAAGAGCCACUGACGGAGAGGCUGGACGUCAGCAUCACUGGGCUGAUCGGCUACUCCUUCAAUCUCCUCACGGCUGUGGCCUCAACGUACAUGCACACCGGUAACGCCACAUUCGUAAAGCUCUGGGCGCCGAAAGUCCAGGCCAUGCUUGACUGGGCAGACAGCCAGACUCUCGACAACGGACUCUUCAACUUAUCGGACCCCUCGUUCGGAGGAGAUUGGAACUAUUAUGACGCCCCACAAAGCGGUGUCGUCACCAAAUUCAACGUUGUCUACGCCUGCGCUCUGCAGGAGUGCCUCACGAUUUUGGCCGAUGGCGGGAUUGACAACACAAUCUACCAAGAUAGACUUGCAGCCCUCCGCAGCGCCAUCGACGCCCACCUUUGGAGUGACGACCUCGGUGCGCACAUCUUGUCGGAACGCAUGCCAAACGGCUUCAGACAGGACUCCAACGCCAUCGCCAUACUUGCCGGCGUCAAUCUCGCCGCCAAGCACUCGUCGGAAGCUAUUCUGUCUACGCUGUCAGCCGAUCUGAUGCGGCCAGCUGGACCGCUGGCGUUUUCAAGCAAUGUCAUCGCGUCCGGCUUUCAGCCAUACAUCAGCCCCUUUGCAUCUGCUUAUCACCUCCGUGCAGCCCUGGCGUCCAACAACAGUGAUGCAGCCAUGGAGCUAAUUGACAACCUGUGGGCCCCCAUGGCCGACACCAGUAACGCGAACUAUACUGGUUGUUUCUGGGAGACCCUCGACCAGGCCGGCCGGCCUGGGCUCGGAAUCACGAAAAGCCUGUGCCACGGGUGGUCUGCGGGGCCGACGGCAGAGCUUACCAAGGACGUCCUUGGUGCCACGCCGACCAAGCCUGGCUGGUCGGAGUUCCAAGUUGCCCCUUUGGCCCUGGGGCUUCGUUCAGCUAAGGGCAGAGUUCCUCUUGUUGACGGUAUGGUUGAGGUUGAUUGGGCUUUUGAUAGCGACGGCUUGCUGACCAUGACCGUUGAUGCACCUGAGGGAAAGACUGGCACUGUCAAUCUCCCAAGUCCUGUGCUGGUCCCGGCCGAGCAGUCGGUUAUCAUUGUAAAUGGCGCUGUUGAUGAAGGCAUGUCCUUUGAAGUGGCAGGUGGAACUUCACGUGAUUCAAUCGGUGACUGUUUGAAGGUUUUGGACAACGAUUAA